AUGUCAAGUUAUCUUCAUGUAAUAUCUGAAGCAAAAGGACGGAUAAUAGAGGACUCACCUCGUAAAAGUCAGGAACCAAUUGGCCAUGUAUUGCCUCAAAAGCUGAUCAAACGACCACCAGGACGACCACCAGUCAAGACGAAUGCUUUCAUACCAGUCAGCCUACCUCCUAUUAGGUCCGCAGAUUUUCAGGUACAAAAUGCACCAACACUGGAAGAGAAACAGCAACGACAAAUGCGCUCAUUUUUGCGCAAUUUUUUAUCUGAAACUGGUAAAUUUCAAAAAUUUAUCAAUCUGCAGCAACAUGAGGUGGAUUCUGGCAUGCCAGUCACAGAUGCAACAGUCCAAGAAGUGGUCAUCACUCUGCCACAUUUGCGUGGCUUGAACCUAUCAAAUUGCGUUCAUGUGACAGAUGCUGGGUUAUUGGCAAUAGCUCGACACUGUAAUCCAGCGUUUGAUACAAUCUAUUUGGCUCACUGUGAACAAGUGACCGAGCUUGGAUUGCGUCUAUUGGCACAUACCUGUCGUCUUGUUUAUAUUGAUUUAAGUGAUUGCUCACAAUUAACAAAUACUGCACUUCAAACGCUCGCAGCAGGAUGUUGGACAAUUGAGACACUUAUAUUGAAACGCUGUCGUGGUAUCUCAGAUCCCGGUCUUGUUACAAUUGCACAAUGUUGCAAAAAGUUGCAACAUCUUGAUGUUGCAGGAUGUUUGCAUAUUGGAGAAUAUGGAGACCAAGCAUUAGUUGCACUUGGUACAUUUUGCCUUCACUUGCGUUUCCUUGAUCUCUCUGGAUGUCACCACGUCCAAAACUUAGGUCUUCGUACUCUUGCAAAAGGAUGUCGUAGGUUACGUACUCUACGACUUAGUCAGUGUCAAGAUGUGAGUAGUCACGUUUUCGGGACACUAGUGCAACAUUGUACGCAACUCACGACAUUGUCACUUUCAAAUUGCAUGCAACUCACAAAUGACAAUCUGGUUAUGUUAAGUACCCACUGUUGUCAAUUAACUCAUCUCGAUCUUAGUAAUUGUCCAAAUAUUGGGACAUUUGGUCUUCGUACACUUGCUCAACACUCUUCAUUUUUAACAUCAUUACGUUUAGCAAAUUGUAAACGUCUCGAUGAUCAAGCACUUGCUGAAUUUUCUAGUCCAAUUCUACGAAAAGGAUCAUUUGAAAAGUCUUUUCAACUUACAGAAGCUGGAAUUGAACAUUUAACUCAAUCAUGUCCAAAUUUAUUGACACUUAAUGUGACGGAUUGUCCUCAAAUUCGUCGAGAAUUUCUUCAUCAUCUCAUUGCAAAGCUUGAAUUUGUUCAAUGGAGUUCUCAAUUCAUUGGAUUUGAACCACUUCCAAAUGCUAUGGAACUUUGUCGUCAACGUGAUUAUCAUUCUUUGGAACGUCAAUGUGCAAUGAGAAUUCAAGUAGCGAUCCGUCGAAGAUUUGUACGAAAACGUUUGAAGCUACGAAGAAUUCAAUAUCUUAAGCUAAACGUCGUUCCAAAAUUUCAAGCACAUGUUCGUGGCUAUUUCGUACGCCAAGGUAUUAAAAAGAAAAAGGAUCAACAGCUUCAAGCACAAGCUGCACAAUGCAUUGGACGUGCGUAUCGAAAUAUGAAAUUUCGACGGAGAUUUCAACAAAUACAAUAUGAUCGUUUACUGAAACGAGAGCUUGAGACUGCAGUUUUAUUAGUACAAACGACAUUUCGACGACUUCGGGAGCGUAAACUUGUGAAAAAACGAAGCGAUGAAAUGUUUAAGGAAGAGCAAAGACAAGGUCGAAUCUUAGCAAGGCAACACAUGAUCGCAACAAAAGUGCAACAAUUGUAUCGUGGAUAUCGUGGUCGACUUGAUGCUAUUGAACGGCGUUUAGAAAAGAAACAACAACAAGUACGACACGAACGCGAAGCUUUUGCAGCGACGUAUCUUCAGUGUGUGUAUCGAGGCUACAAAGGACGAAUUCUUCGAGCUCAACGCUUUGCUGAGAUGCGUUUUCAAUUACAACGUCAUCGAAAUGCUGUUAAGAUACAGCAAUUGUUUCGAGGAUAUCGAGCACGACAACAUGUCGAGAGAUUACGCGUGGAAGUCACGAAAGAACGAAGACUUCGAGCGGCAAUUACGAUUCAAAGGUACUGGCGAAGUCUUUGUACUAAACAUCUAAGUGCUGUAUUUCUUGGUUUACUUAAGCUGCGAGCUCGUGAAAACGAAGCUGCUCAAUCAAUUCAAGCGGCAUUUCGAAGGCAUAAUUCACGAGAGUUGAUAACAGCAAUGAAUGAAGCAGUUGCAAUCGAGAAGCGUCGUAAGAAAGCUACAAUUGAUAUUCAACGCUUGUUUCGAGGUUCUCGUGGACGAGCAGAGGUGGAAGUCAAACGAGAAUUGCUUCGCUUUCGACACGAUAUCGAACCAUUGAUUGCGAAAGAAUCACAUUUGCAAACGGUAGUGACAGCAUUAAAUGGGAAAGUCGAGCAAUUUCAUAUUCAAAUAGCUGCUGAUGAGCACGAGGAACAAUCUCUUAAGGAAGAACUUGAGAAGACUUUGGUAAUCAAGACGAAGUAUCAUGAUUCCAGUCGAAUCUCUGGAACUCUGCAACGUUAUCCAACACAAUUUAUUCAAGUUCAGCUUGCAGAUGAAUUACAAGCAAAACGUGCCGAAAUCUCACGUCAGAAACAAGCUAUUGAGACGUUAAAGACAGAAUUAAGUGAUCAACAACGUCAAUUGCGAGCUGUGCGACGAGAACUUGAGCCGCUUACGCAAGGUCUCGUUCAGAAAACGCGAGAGAAUCGAGUUCAUCGACUUCAGAUGAAGGUGCGACGUGAACGACAAGCAGCAAUACGAAUACAAAAACUUUUUCGAGGAUUUCGAGUAAGAGCAGCAUUUCGUGAAGGUGGGAACUACUGGAUCAAGUUGGAUGUUCCAUCUGAGUCUCAAAAGUGUUUCUGUAACGUAGUUACAGGCGCAACCCGACGGUAUCGACCUUUAGCUAUGGAUUUUUUUCAAGACAAUUCGCAAAAAUUGUUGAAAAAAUCUACAGAAGCAGCACUUUCGCGUCAGAUCCAAACGUCUGAAUUAUCUUCUCAACAUGAAUACGAUGCGAAUACUUCACUGGCUUAUGAAAGCAACAGCUUUCUAUCAACUCGAUCAAGAGACUUGAAUUCACUUAAUGAAAAGUGGAUUGAGUAUCUUGAUCCAGAGACUAAUCGUUUGUAUUACUAUAACGAAAUAACUGGAGAAUCAAAGUGGUCUCUUUCGCCUCGUGAAGACAUGCCUUUGGAUUUAAUUGCUCACAUAACGCAUCUACAAGAAUCUCCAGUACCAUACUCAUCACGAGAUCAACACAUGAGGUGGCUACAAGAGUCGAUUACUGCGAAAGAGUGGAACAAAGUUGAUGUGAUUGUUCAACAGAUUUAUCUUCGUGAACAGAGCCAAAUGGUACGUGAACGAAAGGAAAGAGUAGACGGAAGUGUUACGAAUGAAGUGAUGGAGAAUGCAGCUUUAGCUCAGAUUGAGUCAAAUGGAACGUUAUACUCGUGGGUUGAGUAUCUCGAUGAGAAAAGUGGAGCGUCUUAUUACUAUAAUGAAACUACAGGAGAGUCAACGUGGAAAAGACCAAGUGAUUUUGAUUUGAAUGGUGCAUUACAUUAA